AUGGAGUGCCACCACUGGCAAAUUUGGAGGUGGCUUUUCUGGGCGCUGGAAGUGCAGAACGGCUUCCGCAUGUGCUUCGCGCUGGCAGAUGAGCGAGCCACAGUGCCUCGCGGGGCAGCUGCCGACUUGCUGCGGGCGGUGGCACAAGCGGAGCGCUUCGAGGCCGCUUUGUUGGAUUGCCGCAAGGCCUUGCAGGUUUGUGAGGCCUCACCCCGCGAAGGAACUGAACAGCCUUCAGAACCGAAGAGGUCAUCCCAGCUUACACCCACAACCGUGGAUGCGCCUGAGUGGCCAGAGAACUAUGGUGACCUCCUUCGCUUCCCCUUUGGAAUUGCAGACAUGAAGACCUUGAAGGAAGUGGCGCGGGAGCUUUGGAGCCCCAUCGGGAGCGCAGCCGACCUUCCGGAAGAGGUCUCAGAGCAUGGCUUUCGCCCAUUCCCGGGGAUGAGAUGCACCUCUGAGAUGGUGGGUCUCCACCCUGUCGGAGGAGUUGGCACCCGGUGGUCCGCCCAACUGUGGUCGGAGGCUCAGAGCUGGUGCUUGCAGAACGCCCCCUGCACUGGUAUCAUGCUCUACGUGGGCGGCAACACCAUGAACUGCAAUGCGUGGUGUCAAGACUUAAUCGAUUGGGACCAACCGCCAACUGCGCAGCCAACAUCACGGCUCAAUCCUGAACCGCUCGUGACGCCAACCCCCGCGCCUCUCGCCAUGCCUGAGACCAUGGAGAUCAGUGAUGCGGCCAAGUCUGGCGAUGGCACCACGCAGAACGUGGGCAUCAAGGUGAACGCCACCUUCCAGUGUGCCGAGUGCCGCCAGAAGUUCGACUCCGAGAAGGCGAGUUCGGAGGGCGCCGACGCAUGGUUGGAUUUGGACGAUUUGAAGUCUGACAACACGCUGCCAUUGGUGACCGACCUGGGUUUGAACCUGGGCCUAGGGCCACAAGGUCUCAAUGGAACGUCGGGAAGCUGUAGCUUCAUCGCCGACUUCGGCGUGCUGGACCUGCCACUCCUGGGACCGAUGCGAAGCCGUGCCGGCUUGAGAUGCAGCCCCUUGUACCCGCGGGGCGCGCUGGAGUUGGGCUUCCGGAAGGCGGAUGCGCUUCGGAUGCUGGAGAUUCUUAGAUUGAGGGCACAUACACACACACGGAUAAUAUGUAUAUACUAUUUAACACAUGGUACAUUAACACAUAUACAAUACAUGUUCAUCGAUAUUCAAACAUGUUUUUUUGUUCAAGGUAUUUCAUGGUUUUUCCAGGGAUAA